GAGGCCUUGGAGACUCAUCCGGAGGGCGGCCAGCGUUGCCGGCGCAGCUCAGCGCUGGCGCUCGGCCACCGGGGUGGCGACUCGGAGAGAAGGGUUUUAGUUCGCGGUGCGCCCCGGGCUCCGAUGUGGGCUACGUGCCACGUCCGAAGAACUAGCCCAGGCGUGCUGCCGAACUCGACACCGUUCCCACGUCAACGUGCCCGCGCGGACUGACCGAGCCUCCGCGUCGAAGCAGCGUCGUUAUUCUCAUAGAGUCCGUGCUCUUGAACUGCUCGUCGUUUCCGGAUGGAACGAAUUGAAAGAGUCCUUGGACGCGUGUGACCCAUUGAUCUUCGAGGGAGUGCGCGUCGCCUUUUCACGCGCGUAGCCUUUGACGUUGUCGCCUGUGCCGGAACGAGGGGUGUUGUGCGGCAGUGAUUUGUGCGUGCUUUGUUUGUUCCGAAGUGCAGCACCUCAAGCCUGUUUUCAAGAACACUUGUCCUUCGUCGAACCAAGGGUCACUUGUGUGGUGGGCUCUGCAGUGUAUGCUUCACAACAACACGUUUCGUGCUCUUGGAGUGACGAAGUCGUUACUUGGCGGCCGUUUUCGUUAUACGAUGGGCGACGCGUAGAAACCUGUACGUUCAACCUGACAUCUCGGGAAUAACGAACACCGUGUACGCUCGUUCGAGGUGAUCGGUCUCGGGAAUACGGUUAGCGUCGAACCCGCAACCAUGGCCAGUCCCAGCAAGUCUCUAUCUGUGAACUUCUUCGUCUGCUGCGUCCUCGUGCUUUGCGCCCUGAUCGUUAUUCUCCUUCCGAUACUGGGCCAGCUAUGGCAGGUUGUUCCAGAACUUCGGAGUGUGGAAGUGGCCUGCCGCUUCCAGGGCAUCUUCCUGGCAAUGGCCGCGGUGUGCGGCCUGGAAGCUUACUGUCACCGCUCGUCCAGGCUUCACGCUCUCGUUGGCGCCUGCGCCGUGCUAGCCGUGGUGGCCGCCUGCCUGACGGCCGUGCUUUUUGCCUACAAGCUCCUCCUCCUCCUUCAACUGAUUGAAGCGCCAGCAACAUCCGAGGUCACACUGGAGAACCUCGCCGCCGUGUUGCUCAUCGCUCUGCUGUCGGCUGACGUCAUCGCGCUGCUCGCCACCCUGGCUGCCACGGUGUGCUGCGUGGUGUUCGUCUCUCGCACUCGGCGCAUGCGCUGCCUCACCGAGUACGAGGAGGCUGACGGCCGCAAGGAGUACGCGCCCGGUCUGCCCCCGCGAAGACCACGUGGAGAGCAGGACAUGCCAAUGCUCACGGCAGCGCGGUACCACACUACGGAACGGGAGCCGGUGUACAGCCUGCCGAGCAAAAAGAGCGGCUACCGGGACGAGCCACGUCUGGUGAUGGCGCCCGACGAUGCACCAGUGCUGCACCUGGGUAGGCAGCCACCGGGCACCGUCUACGUGCUGCCCCCCGGAAGCCUCGUCAUGAUCGACUCGCGCUGAAGACUGCAGCCAUCUCGAAGAU